AUGCUCAUUAUUGCUGUGUUCUGCCAUGCCUCUUGGAGAAAGAGGAAGAUUUACAAGAACAUGCUCAAAGAAAUCUGCAAUGCGAAAAGCCAGAAUUUCAGUUUGAAGUCUUCGCGAUUUCGUUUGGUUGCUGUUGAAGCUGAAGUGAAUAAUUUCUCAGUUGAGAAUAAAACACGAAAAGGUGGAUUUAGAGCAGCUUACAAAAGUGACAAGCUCAUAUAUGAGUUGGUCAUCGGAAUUGGCAGCGAAGGAUAUAUGGGUACCAUCGAAAACCCUAUACUUGUGUUCGUCUCUCUAAUGCUAAUACUACUUAGCUUUGCCGCGGCUGAUGAACAGGUUCCAGAUUUCGGAUGGUUGUUCUCCCAAUGUGAUUUUCAUACUGAUCACAAAUCGUUGGAUGCGUAUGAAGCUAAUGUGAGAGCCCUCCUCUCCGAUCUCAGCUCCAAAGCCGCCCAUGACAACGGCUUCUCCACCAGAGUUGUGGGCUGGGGAACAGAAAAUUCCAUCAGCGGACAAAUUCUUUGCCGUGGCGACGUCACUCCGUCUACAUGUCAACACGGUGUCACCGUCGCAGCCAACAAAACAUUACGCCAAUGCCCAAACGGUACCCAGUUCAUAGCUUACUACGAUCUCUGCAUGUUGCGUUACACCAGCAAAUCCUUCAAGUUCGAUGGCUUAAUCGGCGAAGAUGGGGGCGACUGGGCUCUUAACAAGACGGAAAUCUCUGACCAGAGCAUUUUCAAUCAAACAGUGUGGGUUCUUUUAGGGAAUGUGACGGCAAAGGCUGCGAAUUCAAACUUGCCGGAUAAGAAAUUUGCCACCCACGAAGUUCUAGUCUCGAAUGUCAGCAAGGAAUCUGCAGAUUUACCAGAUGUUCAUCCCUCCCCUCCGCUUGUUCCUCUUGCACCUUCAGGAAAACGACAUGCUGGAUCACAAAUUAUUGCAGUGGUUAUUGUUGCUGCCAUUGUUAUUUCAGUGACGCUUUUUUGUUUGAUGAGCUGCUAUUUGCUAAGGAGAAAACUACAGAGGAGCCAGCAAUCUAUUCUUACACAAAACUUUGGCAAAGAAAGUUCAAAGCUGAAGUCCUUGCGAUUUAAUCUUGCCACAAUUAAAACUGCAACGAAUAACUUUUCUCCCCAGAACAGAAUUGGUAAAGGUGGAUUUGGACAUGUAUACAAGGGAAUUCUUCGUGAUGGCCAAAAAAUUGCGGUUAAAAGACUCUCCAAAAAUUCUAAGCAAGGAGCAUUAGAAUUUAAGAAUGAAGUUUUACUGAUAGCCAAACUCCAACACAGAAAUCUGGUGACUUUAUUGGGGUUUUGCUUGGAAGAACAAGAGAAAAUUCUUGUUUACGAAUAUGUUCCUAAUAAGAGUAUUGAUUUCUUUUUAUUUGAUUCUGAAAACCAAAGACAAUUAAAUUGGCUAAAACAAUGCAAAAUUAUUGGUGGAAUUGCUCGAGACCUUCUUUACCUGCAUGACCAUUCUUGCCUCAAAGUUAUUCAUCAUGAUCUUAAACCUAGUAAUGUUUUGUUAGAUACUAAGAUAGAUCCAAAAAUAUCAGAUUUUGGUAUGGUAAGAAUGGUUGCGAUAGAUCAAGAUCAAGAAAAUACAAAUAGAAUUGUUAGACCAUAUAGUUUUAUGUCUCCAGAAUAUUUACUGUAUGGACAAAUUUCAAAGAAAUCAGAUGUGUUUAGUUUUGGAGUUAUGGUCUUAGAGAUAAUUAGCAGCAAAAGGAAUGCCAAGCUUGGAAGCAGUGGAAUGAGGGAACACCAUUACAAGUAUUGGGCUCAUGCCUAA